AAGACUUUGUCAAAUUUUUCUUCAUCUCAUCUCUCCCACAAGAAACACUCUCUCCUCAACAAAUUAUCCUCGGCAAAUUAUCUCUAGCCAAAACACUUGGAGUUUUUUCUGCUGAAUCUCCCUGCAAACAAACUUUCCUUGCUUUCCCAUUGAAGCAGAUGAGAGGAAAAAAUGCUUUUGUACCUGCACUCGAGUACAACCCCCUUACUUAUAUGUUCGUGUACAUGGCAGCCAAUCACUAUUUUGCAUAUGAGCCAGAGAAGUCCUACUCAACGCAGGAACUUUGCCAUCUUCUAGGAACUGUAAUUGUGAAGAAGGCAUGGGUGCAAUCUAUAUUGGGUGGGUCCUACUAUCAUAGGUAUGGUAAAUACUAGAAAAUUUUUUAUUACUUUCUAUACGAAAGUCACAUGUGCACACAGUGUGUAAACAAAACACAGUAUGAUGUUGAAGUUAUUGAUGCUGACCCUGUGAAAGUGGAGGAAAUGGCAAAAAAAAAGGAAAUUUUUGAUGAAGAUGAUGUCGACAAGUUGGAAGACAGGCCGCUUGUUCUAACCGUCAUGGGACACGUGGACCAUGGGAAAACCACACUUUUGGAUUACAUCAGGAAAAGCAAGGUGGCAGCAUCUGAAGCAGGUGGAAUUACUCAAGGCAUGGGGGCAUACAAGGUACAAGUACCUUUUGAUGGCAAGCCACAGACUUGUGUUUUCCUUGACACCCCUGGACAUGAGGCAUUUGGAGCAAUGAGACCUCGUGGAGCCAGAGUAACAGACAUUGCUGUUAUUGUAGUUGCUACUGAUGAUGGAAUUCGACCUCAAACAGAAGAGGCCAUUGCUCAUGCCACAGCAGCUGCAAUGCCAAUUGUUAUUGCUAUAAACAAAGUGCGCUUGCAUUUAUUCUGAGAUUUUCCACUGUGUGUUGGCUUGUAUAUCAUUUAGUCUCAUUUGCAUUCUGCUUUUGACGUAUGAAAGAUGAUGACAAAUCUCCUCUUGCUUAUGGGAGUUGGCAUUUUCAGUUCUCAUAAUCACAGUACUGCUCAAGUUUGAUGUUUCUAGAUUUUUACAUCA